AUGCCGGUGAACUAUUACACAGAGGAGGCGAUUACGGCGCUGGGGGAAUUGAUAGGUGAAGUUAAAGUGGUUGCGUUUGACCCGGAAAAGUCUCAGAGCCGAGAGUAUGUAAGAGUUUUGGUGCGCUUCAACGUAACAAGACCAUUAAGAAAGUCAAAGGUGGUCAACCUGCCUGAAGGAGGAUCUACGGUGGUAUAUUUUAACUAUGAGCGAAUUCAGAAGAGAUGCUAUGAGUGUCAAAGAUUAAAUCACUCUAAGGAUGUAUGUCCUCUGCUGAUUCGAAAAAGAAAGGAGAUGACCUUGGAAAGAAGACAGAGGAUUAUCAUGGACAAAGCAGCUCCUAAGAAAGUAAUAGAUGAAGAUGAUCCUCUUUUUGGGAUCCUAAAUGAAGAGCAAGUUGGUUUAUGCAAGGAGACGGGUCGGAGGAAGAUAUCUCCGGAGGUUCUGGAGGAAAUGAGGCGUUAUAUGAUGGCGGCCACAGAAGCUGAUAAAGCGAUAAGAGCUGAUAGAGUUAAAAUUUCUGUUGCAGAAGCUGAAAAGGAUCCUGUGGCUCAGAAAACUAUUCUCAGAUUGGAAUCCAAACCAAUCUUCACUAAAGAUCUUGAUCUAGGAAAAGGAUUGGUUUAUGAUUUUGAUCUGAAUGAAGAGGUGGAGCAUAGAGGAGAUAGUAGUACGGGAGAGAAGCUUAUGGCAUCAGCUAUUAAAGCGCAUAGUUUGGAGGAAAGGCAGGUCCACAGGUCCAAAUGGUUAGAAAGCGAAGGAAUCUUGGAGACGAAAGGAUUGGGACCUAGCGCAUCGAUGUAUAAUCCUGGUCCAUCAAACGUGCGGAAGAUUGAGGAAAGGGAUGAUGUCUCUCUUACCUUUGAGGGGAGCUCAACGGGAUAUGGUUUGAAUCCUUCUGUAAUUCAACCAUCCGGGGCUUCUUCCAAAAAGGUGACACCUAGAAGAAGACCGUAUAUGAGGAUGAGACAAGACAAGAAAUUAUCAUCUACAAGCAUCCUUCAGGAACUAUAUGGGAGUGCAGUAGACAAUGAGAAGGUCGGAUCUAAAAGAAGACAAGUGGAGGAAGAAAUAGCAGGACAAAAAGUCGCUCGACGCGAUGAAUCAAGGGUGAUCCCGCAUGAGGGAUCGCCGCAAUCCAAAUGA